AGUUGCCCGCCGGGAGCUGGGCGCCGGGUUCCGCGCGGUCCCUGACUCUGCUGCUGCCGCCUCUUGCCGCUGUCGGUGUCGCUGCCGCUAGGCCACCGUCUCGCGGCGAGAGAGCAUCUCGGCCGCGCCCGGCGCCGCACAUUCCCGAGCGAGAGACCCGGUGAAGAUGGCAGGGCCGCAGCCCCUGGCGCUGCAGCUGGAGCAGUUGUUGAACCCGCGACCGCGCGAGGCCGAUCCGGAGGCCGACCCGGAGGAGGCCACUGCUGCCAGAGUGAUUGACAGGUUUGAUGAAGGGGAAGAUGGAGUAGAUUUCUCAGCGGUGGGCAGCAUUAGAAAGCUGGCCUCGGCCUCCCUGCUGGACGCAGACAAAAGGUAUUCUGGCAAGACCACCUCCAGACAGGCUUGGAAGGAAGACCACUGGGACCGGACCCUGCCUGGUUCUUCUGACCAGGAAAUAUCUGAUGCGGAAGGGUCUGAAGCUGAAGAUUCCGAGGGGCUGGGGCUGGAGGAAUCUGAUGAGGAUGCUGGAAGUGCUGCAGAGGAAGAGGAGGAGGACGACGAUGAUGAGGAAGAGGACAAUGAACUGGCCCCCAGGAAGAAGAGCGGAAAGCUUGUCGGGACAGGGCCCAGCUUCAGGGCCCCGCGCAUCAGUGACUUCGAGAAAUUUACUGAGGGAAUGGAUGAUCUUGGUAGCGAUGAGGAAGAGGAAGAUGAAGAGGAGGAGGAGAGCGGCAUGGAAGAAGGGAAUGACGAGGAUGAGAUUGAGAGUGAGGAAGGUGAAGCUGAUGCCAGGAACAGUGAAGAUGAUGGUGUGGUGAUGACCUUCUCCAACGUUCAUGUUUCUGAGGAGGUGGAGAAAGGAAGAGCCGUCAGGAACCAGAUAGCACUAUGGGACCAGCUUUUGGAAGGAAGGAUCAAGCUACAGAAAGCUCUGUUAACUACCAAUCAGCUUCCUCAACCAGAUGUUUUCCCUGUUUUCAAGGACAAAGGUGGCCCAGAAUUUGCCAGCGCCCUAAAAAAUAGUCACAAGGCACUAAAAGCAUUAUUAAGAUCAUUGGUUGAUCUUCAGGAAGAGUUGCUGUUCCAGUACCCUGACACUAGGUAUCUAGUAGAUGGGACGAAGCCCAAAGCAGAAAGUGAGGAGGAGAUUUCCAGUGAAGAAGAACAAGUAGAAGAGAAGAAGAAGCAAAGAAGGUUUCCAGCAAAGAGGAAGCUGGAGAUGGAAGAUUAUCCCAGCUUUAUGGCAAAGCGUUUUGCUGACUUUUCAGUCUAUAGAAACCGUACACUUCAGAAAUGGCACGACAAAACUAAGCUGGCUUCUGGAAAAUUGGGGAAGGGUUUUGGUGCUUUUGAACGCUCAAUCUUGACUCAAAUUGAUCAUAUUCUGAUGGACAAAGAAAGAUUACUGCGAAGGACACAGACCAAGCGCUCUCUCUACCGGGUUCUCGGCAAACCUGAACCAGUAGCACAGCCUGUGCCGGAGAAUGUGCCAGGACAGCCGGAGGUCAUUCCUGAAGCUCCUGCCAACGCUCACCUGAAAGACCUGGAUGAAGAAAUCUUCGAUGAUGAUGACUUUUACCACCAGCUCCUUCGAGAACUCAUAGAACGGAAGACCAGUUCCUUGGAUCCCAACGAUCAGGUCGCCAUGGGAAGGCAGUGGCUUGCAAUCCAGAAGUUACGCAGCAAAAUUCAUAAGAAAGUCGAUAGGAAAGCCAGCAAAGGAAGGAAACUUCGGUUUCACGUCCUUAGCAAGCUCCUGAGCUUCAUGGCACCUAUUGACCAUACUACAAUGAAUGAUGACGCCAGGACAGAGCUGUAUCGGUCUCUGUUUGGCCAGCUCAACCCUCGGGAGGAGACCCCCACAGACUGACGCUCUACCUCGCCCACCGUGAGCAGGUGGUCAGAAACCGCAGAAGACCAGCAUGGCCAGAUCGACCCAGGAAGCCUGAGAGCAAGUGGCCUCACAUCCAGUGCAUCUCUGCGCCUCGGGCCACGCGAGUCCUGUGACCACCUCGAAUAAAGAGUCUGUCCCUGCCACGUGGAGUCUUGAAGCAGAGGAUUGAUUCUCGGAGCUUGGACAGGGGCACAAGCCUGCCGAGGGUUUUCCCUCUUCAUCGUUUUCCUCUAGCCCAGUGAUCAGUCUCAUCUUCCAUUAUAAAGCUCCAUGGGAGGACAGAUUCCGGGCCAAGAGGCUGCUUUCGGAGGGGCUGAUGUUUAGUCAUUAUGACUCCAAGGAGCAGGGACUCCCUCUCACCCCUCACUGCCACCCAGAAAACCCUGCAGUACUGGAGAUACUUGCCUGUCUGUCACAAAAUACAAACCUCUGACUCCUUUUUUUGUUUCCUUGUUUCACCCAUAAAGAUCCUGUUCCAUUCUCACCAUUCCUAAAUCACUUGAUUGAGAUUAGCUCUGGUGUAAAUCUAGCAGGAGGAAAUGAUUCACUUGUUUUUCAUCCAAAGGUCAAAAGCUGGAAAUUAAAUCCCCAUAAGGGGGAUUUAUUGGCCUGCUGUGGUCAAUAUGCAAUGGAGAUUAUCUUGCAUAAGUAAUGUGUGCGGGCCCGCCCGUGCGCGCGAGGGGACGGCCAUCUCCACGGCCCUCCCGCACUUCUCUCCUCCGGGCCGCGGACUGAGCGUGGAAGUGGGAUGCAGGCGCCUCACUGCUGUGCUAGUUCAUAACUAGGCAUGGUUUUUAAAAGCAAGCUUUUGAUGUUGUUUUGAGUUGUCAGAACCAAGUGACAGAUUUCUGUGCCCAGGAAUUCCACGUAUCAUUGACUUGGUGUCUGGGGACCGUCACAGUGCCUGAAGGCUGCGCUCCGAAGGCGGCGGGCCCGGAUGUAAUCUACCUCGCAGUUUAGCAUCAACUCCAGUGUGGCUGCUGCGCUCAGGAUGGGGCAAAUGCAGGGAGGAGGGUUUUCCCAUCUCACAUUAAUUGGACCUUGGUACGCGUGAUUUGUUUUCCUUGUCUCGGUAGUUACCUCUUGGGCUCAACUGUCAGAGAAAUGUUUAAUUUCCAGUGUGUCUCCCGUUACCCUAAAGAUCAAUCAGCAGGGAUAGGAGAGUCUCCCACAGACUUUCUUCAAAAUGAUCGCCUUUGGGAAGAGAUGGUGGCUGCGGUGCUGGGGGACCAGGCGGUACCAGGGGUCAAGCCUGGAACUCUGGCUCUGGUCCCUGGUCCCCACAUGAGCACUUUGUAAAACAUAAGCUGUCCCCACCCGCCCACCUGGCUGGAGCAUUCUGGGUGACGCACAUUGGAACCGUAAGGAACCUUGUAAUAGGGAACUUCCUGGGAGUUUGAUGCCGAGUUUCCCAGGGAGAGAGGGCCUUUAUCAUGGUCACUCUAGCUGAUGAAGAAAAAGAUUUAAACAGUGCUUCAAAAAAAAAAAAAAUAGUUGGAGGUCCAGCAUGUUUAAUAAAAAUGAAUUAAAAACAGGCAAAUAAGAACAGGCAGGAUUUUCAGUACUGAGAGGCCUGCGUUUUAAAAUUCACAAGGCCACCCACCUUCCAGUCAAGAAUAAAUUGGAAAGUAUUUUAAUUGACACGGAUACUGCAAUUCAACUGUUACUAGAAAGACAGAUUAGUUGAUUGAUUUGCAUUUUAAUAAAACUAAUACUUUACAUUUUGGUAGCUAAUGCUGAUUUUUAAAUGAGUUGAGAACUGUUAUCAAGAGUUUCAAUCCACAGCCCUUUCUCAGUGUUGACUGAAGCAUCCCCCUCUUUUGUGUGCAGUUUGCUUAUUUUCUUUUGGCCCAGCUGACUACUUCACACAUGACACUCACAAACCACCGACCCUGAAAACCUCAAGACAGUGAGGCACUGAGCAAGCCACACUGGAAAUUCUCAGUGACACCCCCAGCCCCAGCCCUAGCCCCAGCCUGGACUUCCCCAUCAGGCUCUCGAAGAUAAGGUUGGUGUCUUGUCCACGUUUGUUUUCUGCUAACAGUUGCACAGAAGUCGAAGGGGCCAAUAAAAAUAACCCUCCCAGCCAGCAACUCACUUGAUUCAUGAGCAGCCACAGUCCGCAACUGGGGAAAGAGGCCAGAGAGCUGCCAGCUGAGUCAGUUUGUAAGUCCAAGUACUGGUAAGAGUAGAGAGCACGGGGGAAGAUCAUGUUGUACAGGAAUCGUUUAAGCUCAAUGACAGUUUCUCUGCGGACAUGUAUCCCCCCAGUAUGAGUACCCGGUUUUUGAACAGAUAAUUUGUUAGCAAUUGUUUGCUGCUAUAAAUAGUGGUACACCUUCAGACUUCCAGAUACCUCAAAAUUGCUGCUGUGCCUUUGGCUAGACCCCAACAACUUGGGACCAAGUUUACCAAGAAAUUAAACGGCCAAAAGUUAGGUAUGUGGGAGACACACCCACAAACCACCUCCAGUUCAGCUAAUAAGCUCAUUUAUUGGCCUUAUUUCAGAGACCCAUAAAUAUCAAAAGAGAUCAAAAGGGGGCCGGAGCGAUAGCACAGCGGGUAGGGCGUUUGCCUUGCACGUGGCCGACCCGGGUUCGAUCCCCGGCAUCGCAUAUGGUCCUCCAAGCACCACCAGGAGUAAUUCCUGAGUGCAAAGCCAGGAGUAACCCCUGAGCAUCGCUGGGUGUGACCCAAAAAGCAAAAAAAAAAAAACAAAAAAGAGAUCAAAAGACGCAGUUAGGGCCUGUAGCGCAGAGGUAGGAGGAAACCCAUGACAGAGCUCCAGGCCCGCUUGGAUCGGAACUGGGCCUCCCCCCAGUUUUCCAGUAGCUUGGCUGUUACACCCACAAACUGCCCCCUGCACCAUAUAAUCUCAUCAACGGCCAAGACCCAGGACUAUAAAACUCCCGAAAGAGAGCGCUGCAGCCCCGAGCCAGACUAUCCACUGGGGCACCCCAGAAGGGAGUGGGUGAGAGCCCUUCCUGCCCCAAGGGACCCCAGCUCCGGCAGCAGCAGCAGAGCCUCACGCAUGAGUGAAGUCCUAUGGAACCCAGGUAAGGUGGAACUUUGUGACCUUGGACUCUGGGCUCAGGGGGACCAGGAGCAGAGAUCCUUUGUCCGCUUUCCCCAGUCUCCAGAGACCCAGGGUCAUGCCCAUAAGCCACCUCCUGCCGGCGCCAGAUGAUCUCCUCAUCAGCCAUGGUUUAGAUUGCAUGGCUGCUUCUCCCGAAAGGGAGCAUAACAUGAGGCCCCCAUAACCAUGCCACUGGACUCCAUGCCAGGUUGUUUCACACGGGGCACCUCAGAGGGAGGUGAGUGAGAGCCCUCCCCGCCCCAAGGGACCCAGCUCCGGCAGUCAAAAACCUCCAUAACCCAACCGCCACCACACUCAAGGCCACUCCCCAAGCACUCCAGCCGAGCCCCACAUAUGAGUAAACAUAUUCCUGGACCGUGUGGUCACACUACACAUCAUAAAACACUCCCUGCCCAUUCUCAAUAAUUACCACACCACAUUUGAUGGAGUUCAGAUAGUAGGCAACAAGUCAUAGAGGGAAAUACAUAUAUAUAUGCAUAUAUACAUAUUUUCAGAUGUAUAUACCAAAGCUCACAUCACCCAAACCUUAACAUGUUAGUGAUAUCCUAUAGAAUGUCUUAAUUGGCUCCUGCCAAAAUAGAGCAAUCCACGCUGUUUCCUAUAAAAACACUUUUUUGUGAGCAUAUUCAGCAGUUCUUCAUAACAGACCAUAUGAAAUAUUGUUUCGGUUCUAUUUUGGGACAGAGAUUGGGGUUUGGGAUGAAAACAUCCCGAAUUUUGUGAUGGAAAAGUGUAAUGGUGGUGGGAUUGGUGUUUGAAUAUUGAAUGUAAUCAAACAUUGUGAACUAACUUAUAGCA